AUGGAACCGCAAUAUAACAUACCAAAGCUAGUCGCGACAGAUAUCCGGAUCCAGAUUCCAAAUGAAAUCGUGGACAGCAUCAUGUCGCGGCCACCCUUUGUCGCAAUUCCGGGAGUGGUCAAUGCCAGAGACAUCAGCGGAUAUGCCAACGACCCAUCCCAGUCAUCAGUCCGCCCGGGCUUUGCUUACCGUUCGGGGGCUUUGGGCAAUAUCUCUCCGGAAGGCAGAGUAUUUCUCCUUCGCCAGCUCGGUAUCACUGCCAUCUUCGACCUACGCCACCAAGGGGAGCGCAUGCAAUCUCCCAGCCCUGACAUUGAGGGUAUUCAAACAGUCUGGGCGCCGUAUGCAUGUACCCCGGUUCCGGUUGAUCCUAGGGACUUUGCCUAUGAGGACGAAGGUGCUAGCGGGUAUGCGAAGAUGUAUUUGGAAAUCAUGAAGGUUUCUGGGCCGAUUUUCCAGAAGGUCUUUGAACAUAUUCGGGAUGCUCCACAAGAGCCUUUCCUCUUUCAUUGCUCGGCUGGAAAAGAUCGCUCUGGAGUACUGGCAGCACUGAUGCUUUGCCUGACGGGUAGCCCGCGCGAGGCCAUAAUUCACGACUACACACUCACUCGUAUCGGAAUGGAAGCACAUCGACCGUCCCUGACCAGGAUACUUCAAUUCCAUACAGGUUCAGGGGUCGGGCCGGAGAGUAUAGGGAUGUUGCAGCUAUGUAACAUCCGUGCGAAUGCCAUGGUGGGAUUCUUGCAGGCGAUUGACGACUCUUUUGAAGGGGGAGCUGAGGGGUACUUGAAGAGUCACCUGGGAUUCAACCAGAGAGACCUGGAUACAAUACGUGCGAAUUUGAAGAUACCAGUCUUCAAUUGA